AGCCACGUGAUCCAAGCGUGGAUACUGCACAACUCCUUCUGGCACGUCCAGUGCUGCAAGCUUCCUCUACAUCAGCCUCGAAGCCAUGAUGGCCAGAUUGUCCUCUGUGCUGGCCUGCCUCGCCUUCGCGCAGGCCCUCGCGGGCCAGCAGGCCCAAGUGUCCACACAAAAAGGGAAGGCCGGGAGGCGGUCGUCGUGUGACUGCAUGAAUUGGGCGGGGGUCUACUACGACGGACUGGCCGCCUGCGGCCGCGCCCAGGAACUUUAUUUCCUCAGCAAAUUCGGCUUCUCCGCUGCCUACGCCGCCACCGAGCCGAUCUCGGGCUUGCCGCACAAGGUCUGCAACGACUUCCUCAAGAAUUUCAAGAACGACUCCUGUGUCAACGUGGACCUGCUCCCCUUCCCGGCGGAUGCAAUGACCGACAAGCAGUGGUGCUACGUGGCCAACGACUGCGACACCCUGAACGGCGGCGAUUACGCCACCAACACGAUGGGCUUCCAGCUGGGCGGGUGGAACAACCUCGCCAGCACGAGCAACCUGUCCUGGAAGAUCUGCGACCCGGUCGCGGACGCGAGCAAGAUGCUGAAGUUCAAGACGCCCGGUGAGCUGCUGGAAAUGUGCCUGAAGGACGACAUCAGCUGCUCUCGCAUCUUCCGGUUGGCCUACCCCGUCGUGGAGAUCACGUGGGGCGAGGCCCAGUAUUUGAUGGAGGGUAUCGACGCGGCUUGGACGCCUGGAGCAGGCCUGACCACUCUGGUCGCUGGGCUACCGGCUCCGAGCGCCCCCUUCGCCAGGCUCGUGGAGGUUCACGCGAACAUCAGCGACAUCGUGGUUUCCGAGCAGGCCACGAUCCUCGACACGCCGGGGCAUGGCGACAACUUCCACGUGAUCAAGGGCCGCGAGGUGUGGAAAGUGGAGCGGCUGGGCUAUGACACAUGGAACGUGAUCAGCGGUCGCCCGUACGAGCUGGGCGACAUGGCCUACCUCGGCGGCCACUUCUCCUUGGAGUUCACUGUGACCUGCAUCAUGGGCUGUGCCCCAGGACGCCUGGAGAUGGUCGACCGUAAGGUCCUCGACCUGGAGACGGUGUAAGUGGUGCGUGUCGGCGUCCGCUGUGGCAGCUCGCGCCCGAUCAGCUCGCGCCCGCCAGCGCGUAUUUUGGGCCGGCGGGUGUUCUGAUUCUCACGGACUCGGAUUUUCGACCUCCACGCGGUCGAAGUCAAAGUCGGCGUUCUCCUGUUCCUCUUCCUUCCCCACCCCCCAUCCCCCUUCUCGAGUGCCUCGCGGGUGACUCCGG